AUGGCCCGGUGGCCGCGGCGGGUCCGAAUCGGGCCGCAGCUGAGGUUAGCGUUGGCCUUUGGCCUGAGCGCUUCGGUUUGGGCCUUCGCGUUCGGAAGCGGCGACAAUCCUUUUCAGGUGCUCGGCCUCCGCAACGACGCAGAGGAUGAUGACGUGCGGCCUGCCUUCCGCCGUUUGGCCAAGAUCUACCACCCAGACGUGCCCGAUACUGGCGACGAGCGCCGCUUCCGUCGCAUCUCCUGGGCGGCCGAGGAGCUCUCGACCGUGGAGGGUCGGCGUCAGUGGCGGGCUAUGGUUGCAGGCAUCAAGCCCCUGAGUGCUGAUCAGGAGGAACCCGAUUUUCCCACACAGACGGAAGCGCCCUUUGGUGAGUAUGAAACGCUCGAGGACGACGUUUUCGACUUGGGCAGCUUCACCAGCGCUCCGAGGCGUUCCAAGAAGAGGAAGACCAGCUCCUUCGCAGACAGCCGAAAGCGCCGGGAGACGUGGCGGACCCGUGUCUCUGGUCGUGCAAAGGCGGCGGCGGAGAACUCGGAGAAGGCCAAGAUCAAGGCAAAGAGGCAGCGCGAGCCGGAGCCUCCUGGCCACUCCAAAGAUCGGAGCCGUUACAAAAAGAAACCCAGAAGGAGGAGGAAUGGCCUUCAGUAG